CAAUUACCCAGACAACAUUACGCUUCACUCAACGUCACCAGCAACGUUGGACACUGCAUCUGCAUCUGCAUCCUCGCGUCCAUCAGAUCCUACAAGUCGGUCAGUCAGUUAGUCAAACCCAAGUCCUAAGGAAAGAUGUCACACGAAAGUGGGCAUGAAUCCGCGCCGCCCACUGGAACCAGUCCGCCUGCUUAAUCAAGGUCACCAUUGCAACCAAGACCGUUAUAAAUUGCUACCGACUUCUACCCAGGCUUGAGUACGCUCUCUGGAAGAACCGGGGUCUUGGGGAAGCGCUUCUCGGUUUGCAUCGUUUUCGUCUCGACCUGCGCUCUGGCGAUUCACGCGCGAAAGCGGUCUAUCGUCCAACGCACCUCGAGAUGGCGAUGUGAACGGGACGCUCGUCUGCUGGUACUGAAUUUGCUCGCGACUGUGAUUCUGGUAGUGGCGGCGGGCAUCAUGAUCAUUAAAUGACCGCAAGCGGAGCUAUAAUCCUCCUUUCUCAUCAUUCGCUUUAUCUCGUGACUUCUGUUGCGUGGGAUGCUGCCUAGGUUGUCAUAUAGAGGUCUAGUUACAGCCUUGAGACUUUUUCCUUUCGCUGUGUCUAUCCUAAUCUUACUAUUCCAAAAAGCUUACAGUUGCUAGACUCUGAUCCGCUAACCUAUAUAGGGCCCUUCUUACUCACCCGAUGGACGUUUCGACGGCCUCGGGUUCAGAUUCAGACUCCGACUCCAACUCGAAUGAAGCCAUCUCCGUACAGUCUGUGAAUGAAGACAUUCAUCUCAAGAAUGUCCCCGCAUUUGUAGUGUGGCGUGACUCGGAUGGCAAGAGCCAUUCCCUUCCCGACUUAGGCUUCUCCCUGCUCUACACUUCUUGUACAAAAAGAGCCCUGGUCCGGCUACAAGCCAUCACGAGACUGAAAAAGGGCCCAUCUAAACCCUAUAUCUACCUCUUCAUCAAACCAGAUCAGAUAUCCAAAUUGGAAUUUGUCAAGAGCGAAGGUGCCUCAGAUCGUGAUGAAAUAGAGUUGCAUGGACACGCGCGACAGAAGCUGAACACAAGCACACACGCGUUGCGUUUUGAGCUGCGAGAUCCUGCUACCUUUGUGGUCCCAAACGAACACCCUUUUCAGUUCUUCAGAGCCGGCUCGCAAGCUGUGUGGACCUCAUGGAACGCGUUUGCGAGAGAUACACGUCGUUUCUUCAUUCACUUUCCCAUGACGACCCUUUCUAAGCCCCGAUUACUAUCAUUCUGCCUGGCUGCGUCAACCUAUGGGUACCUCACGUCACUGGACGACAAUAUUUCCAGUCUUUAUGGGGGUAGAGGUGGCAGGGUAGUCGACGGAAAUGACGCCAAUGAGGAUAACACCCCUCAAAAUGAAGCGAGAGCUGGCUCAAGCGACGAGAACGGUGCCCCCCCAGCCUACGAUGCACAUACCACUGCAGGACCCGGCCUUUCUGCCACAGCGCCGCCCUUAUGUUUGUCUCCAAAUCCUGAUACAGAACGGUCUCUGAAGCGUCGUCGCAGGGAUAGUAGUGACGUAGAUGUCAGUGAUACUACUCACGGAAAAGGAAACAAAGCCAACAAUAGGAUUUUGGAAGCCAUACUUGGGCUACAACGGACUGUACACGAGGCGAAUGUGGCGCAUGAAGCAAGCCUCUGCAAGAUGAUGGCCAAAAUAGAAGAGAUAGAAGGGCGAUUCAAGCAGCUCGAGCAAGACCAACGCGAUUUGGUAGAUGAGGUAAGGACACACAUGGCGCCACUUUGGGACGAAAUAGACACGCGGCUUCAGAGCCAGGAAGAUCGCGAGCAUGUGCACAUCAGGGAUGUUAUCGAAGAGGUUGUUGACGAGAACAUCAAGGACAAGAUGGCCGAAGCAGUUGAUGACUAUUUCAAAAGUGAUGGUGAGGGCCAGGAUUUGAUCCAUAAAGUAGUUGGCGACAGGAUACAAGAAGAAACAAAGGACUUUCUUCAGAAUCAGUGCUUCACUGGCCACUUCACUAUCAAGCCAGAGCAGCCCCCAAUAUAAUUGACAUGAUACCCCUGGUUCAAAAGUAAUGGGACCGACUACCGCUCCUCUUGUCCAAUCGUAUAGAAGGCGAACCAGCCAUGAUAUUAAACAUCGAGUGA